CGGCCCCUCAUUUGGGCGCCGGGUGUCGGCGGCGCGCGCGGGGGCAAAUGGAGUGGGUGCUCGCGGAAGCGUUGCUGUCGCAGAGCCGGGACCCCCGGGUCCUGCUCGGAGCGCUGUGCCGCGGGGAGGCGUCCGCGGAGCGCGUGGAGACGCUGUGCUUUCUGCUGCAGCGACUCGAAGACGAGGAGGCGCGCGGCGGCGGCGGCAGGGGCGCGGGCGCGCUCCCGGAGGCGGCGCGCGAGGUCGCCGCGGGGUACCUGGUGCCGCUGCUGCGGGGCCUGCGCGGGCGCCCCGCGGGCGGCUCGGACCCCGGCCCGCCGGCCCGCCACCGCCGGCGCGUGCUGAGGGCGGCGGGCGCCGCCUUGCGUUCGUGCGCCCGCCUCGCCGGGGGCUCGCAGCUGGCGGCCGCCCUGGCCGAGGAGGCGCUGCGCGACCUGCUCGCCGGGGGGCCCGCGCCCGGCGCCGAGGCGGCCGUGGAGGUGCUGGCGGCCGUCGGGCCCUGCCUGCGGCCCCGCGAGGACGGGCCGCUGCUGGAGCGGGUGGCGCAGGCGGCCCUCGCCCUGGCGCUGGCCGCCGACGGGGACGGGGGCGAGGCCGGGCCCGCGGAGGACGCGGCGGCGCUGGCGGCCGGGCGGCUGCUGCCGGCGCUGGGCCAGUGCGGCGGGGCGGCGCUGCGGGCCGUGUGGGACGGGCUGGGCGCGGCCGGGGCGCCCCCGGGGCCGGGCCGCGUCGGGCCGCAGCUGCUGGUGCUGAGCGCCCUGGCCGAGAGGCUGCUGCCCGAGCCCGGCGCCGACCGCGACCCGCGCACGCGCGAGGAGGGCCCGGACGCGCGGCGCUGCUGGCGCUUCUGGAGGACGGUGCAGGCGGGGCUGGCCCAGGCCCAGGACGCCCUGACGCGCAAGCGAGCGCGCUACCUGCUGCAGAGGGCGGUGGAAGUGUCGGCGGAGCUGGGGGCCCGCUGCGCCUGCGGCCCCCAGGAAGGAAACGGCCCGAGUCUGUUUUGGUGGUCUGAGAAGAAAAAGGAUGAACUUCUCAAGUUUUGGGAAAACUAUAUUUUAAUUAUGGAAACUCUAGAAGGAAAUCAGAUCCAUGUUAUAAAGCCAGUUUUACCAAAGCUCAACAGUCUGUUUGAAUAUGCGGUGUCCGAGGAAAAUGGAAAUUGGCUCUUUCACCCAUCCUGGCAUAUGUGUAUUUAUAAAAGAAUGUUUGAAAGCGAAAAUAAAAUCCUGACCAAAGAAGGUGUUCUCCAUUUUUUGGAGCUAUAUGAGACAAAGGUUCUUCCGUUUUCGCCAGAAUUUUCUGAGUUUAUUAUUGGACCAUUAAUGGAUGCACUUUCAGAGAGCUCUCUAUAUAGCAGGUCCCCAGGCCAGCUGAUAGGAAGUGGUUCUCCAUUGGGACUGAAAUUACAGAAGUUUUUAGUCACUUAUAUUUCUCUUCUUCCAGAAGAAAUAAAGAGCAGUUUCCUAUUAAAGUGUAUUCAGAAGAUGUCAAGUAGACAUUGGUGUGCCAUUCCCAUUUUGUUUCUGUCAAAGGCUUUGGCAAACGUCCCACGAUGUAAGGCCCUGGGUAUCGAAGCUCUUCUUGCUCUCAGGGAUGUUCUUCAGUGUACUAUGAUCACCCAUCAGAUUCUAUUGAGAGGGGCGGCUCAGUGCUACCUUCUUCAGACAGCCAUGAAUUUGGUAGACGUGGAGAAGGUGUCACUCUCUGAUAUUUCAACUUUUCUCAUGUGUCUGAGACAAGAGGAGUCCUUAGGACGAGGAACCUCAUUGUGGACAGAGCUCUGUGAUUGGUUGCGUGUUAAUGAAAACUGUUUUAGGAGAGCCUCAGAUUGUAGUUGCGUUGGACUUCCUGAGACGUCCUCUCUAAAUGCUUACGUGAAGAACCUAGUUCAAGAGUAUAUGAAGUCACCUGCUUUGGAAACAGGAGAAAACUGCUUUAUGCCUGACUGGUUUGAAGCCAAGCUUGUUGCAAUGAUGGUCUUGUUGGCUGUAGAUGUGGAAGGAAUGAAGUCUCAAUACAGUGAAAAGCGGAGAACACAGAAUGUAUUAAGGAUAUUCUUAGAUCCUCUUCUGGAAUCCCUUAUGAAGUUGGGCACAAAUGCCUACAUGCCCUUGCUGAAAACUGACAGAUGCCUGCAGUUGCUGGUGAAGUUAUUGCACACUUGCAUGUUGAAAGGUUCCAGUACCCAAGAUGAUGAGGUGUUUACUCUUCUUCAGAACUUUGUCAUGUCUACUGCAGAGAGCAUUUCUGAAUUUAUUCUCCGACGGCUUACCAUGAAUGAACUGAGCAGUAACACUCACUUAAGUACAUUUGAAAGCCUCAUGAGCAAGUGUGAAAAUACAAAAAAGGUUUCCGAUCUGGAUCGUUGCCAUUUAUACCUGAUGGUAUUAACUGAGCUUAUAAAUCUCCAUUUGAAGGUUGGGUGGAAACGAGGCAACCCCAUUUGGAGAGUUAUUUCUCCUUUGAAAAAUGCAUCCAUUCGGCAUCUUCAAGAGAUGGACCAUGGACAGGAGCCCACGCUGGGCACGCAGGUCCAGAGGGUCAUUAGCAUGGCUGCCUUGGCCACGGUGUGUGAGGCCACCGACCGGACGCCGGAACUGCAGCUCGGCUCUCUGGAGGCUGGGCCCACGGAGAGGUUCCUCUCCGCUCUCCCGCUCAAUCACACGCUGCAGAAGCCCCACGCAGAGGAGGAGAGCAGUCUUUGCGAAGAAUCCUCGUCUUCCCAAGGAUGGGGGAAAAUAGUUGCACAAUAUAUCCAUGAUCAGUGGGUCUGCCUCUCUUUCUUGCUGAAGAAAUAUCACACCCUGAUACCAACCUCAGAGGGUGAAAUUCUGGAACCCAUCCUACCUGCCGUCCAAAUGCCAGUAAGGACCCUGCAGGCCGCUCUCGAAGCCCUCACGGUCCUGCCCUCGGAUCAGGUCCUGCCUGUGUUCCACUGCAUGAAAAUUUUGGUUCCCAAGCUUUUGACCUCCUCUGAAUCACUCUGUGUGGAGUCCUUUGACAUGGCUUGGAAAAUUAUAUCUGCUUUAAGCAACACUCAGCUGGUAUUCUGGUCUAAUUUAAAAGCUUUCGUUCAAUUUGUUUUUGAUACCAAAGUUCUUACCACUGCUGCAAAAAUCAAGGGCCAGGCAUACUUCAAAAUAAAAGAGAUUAUGUACAAGAUAAUUGAAAUGUCUGCUAUAAAAACUGGAGUCUUCAAUACACUGAUAAGUUAUUGCUGCAAAUCUUGGAUAGUUUCUGCUUCAAAUGUGUCCCAAGUGUCUUUAUCAACUGCUAAAAAUUACAGCGAACUUGUCCUUGAGGCCUGUAUAUUUGGAACUGUGUUCAGGCGUGAUCAAAGACUUAUUCAGGAUGUGCAGACCUACAUAGAAAAUCUUGGCCAUGAUUGUGCAGCCAACACUGUUAUAGAAAAUACUAAAAGAGAAGACCAUUAUGUGAGAAUUUGUGCUGUCAAAUUCCUGUGUUUAUUAGAUGGCUCAAAUAUGUCUCAUAAGUUGUUUGUGGAAGAUCUUGCAAUCAAGCUAUUAGAUAAAGAUGAGUUGGUGUCCAAGUCCAGAACCCGAUACUAUGUGAAUUCUCAACAGCACAGAGUGAAGAACCGAAUAUGGCAGGCGCUACUGGUGAUUUUCCCCAGGUUUGAUCAGAAUUUCCUGAAUAGGAUUAUUGACAAGAUUUUCCGUGCUGGUUUCAUCAAUAAUCAAGCAUCCAUAAAAUAUUUUAUAGAAUGGAUUAUUAUAUUGAUUCUUCAUAAAUUUCCUCAGUUUCUUCCGAAGUUCUGGGAUUGUUUUUCUUAUGGUGAAGAAAAUCUUAAAACAAGCAUUUGUACAUUUUUAUCAGUUUUGUCACAUUUGGACAUCAUUGCGCAAAAUAUUCCAGAAAAGAAACCAAUUCUGAAGCAAGCCUUUAUCAUCGUCCUGCAGUGGUGCUUCAGUCACAAUUUUAGUAUCCGCCUGUACGCGUUAGUGGCCCUUAAGAAAAUCUGGAGCAUGUGUAAGACAUGGCACGUUGAAGAAUUUGACGCUUUGACUUCUGUUAUUGAGUCCAGUCUUAGUCAAGUGGAAAACAUGCCUGGAGCAGGGAACGCCAAGAAGAACUGGCAACGCAUCCAAGAGCAUUUCUUUUUUGAAACAUUUCACCCGCUUAAGGAUUAUUGUCUGGAGACCAUAUUUUACAUCCUUCCACGCCUCUCAGGCCUUGUUGAAGAUGAAUGGAUUGCCAUUGGUAAAUUUACCAGAUUCACGGACAUUCCUUUAGACUCAGGAUUUCAGUGGUAUCUUUCUCCAACUCAACUUUGUGAACGAAAACCAGGUGACUGGGCUCAGCAGGACAUAGGUUCUAACUCAGGUGAAGCAGAUGACCAGUCAGAGUGGACUGAUGUUCAGAAGAAGAUUAUCCCGUGGAAAAAUAACGUUCCAGAUUUAGAUCUGGAGCUCGUGUUUCAGGAUCGUGUUGCCAAACUUGGAAAGUCGAUUAGCAGACUGAUUGUAGUGGCCUCACUCAUCGAUAAGCCAACUAAUUUAGGAGGACUGUGCCGCACCUGCGAGGUGUUCGGGGCCUCGGCGCUCACAGUAGGCAGCCUGCAGUGCACCCGAGACAAGCAGUUUCAGUGCCUGAGUGUUUCGGCCGAGCAGUGGCUUCCUUUAGUGGAGGUAAGACCACCUCAGCUAAUCGAUUUUCUGCAACAGAAGAAAGCGGAAGGUUACACCGUCAUCGGUGUGGAACAAACCGCCAGAAGUGUAGACCUAACCCAGUACAGCUUUCCUGAGCGGUCUCUGCUCUUGUUGGGAAACGAGCGCGAAGGAAUUCCAGCAAACCUGAUCCAGCAGCUGGAUGUUUGCGUGGAAAUCCCUCAGCGGGGUAUUAUCCGCUCACUCAACGUCCACGUGAGUGGGGCGCUGCUGAUUUGGGAGUAUACCAGACAGCAGCUGCUCAAGCAUGGGGACACCGAGUCAUGAAGCUUGUGCCUUAUCGGGGAUGGAUUACUGGUGCUCUUGAAACGUUUUUGAAAAACUACGUGUGCUAAUGUAAUAGUCUGAAAUUUACUGAGAUAAUUUGUAUUCCUUUUCUUGCAACUUAAUGCCAAAACUUCUUCAUGUGCCUUAAAUACAUUACUAUAUAUCGUCCCCUUUAAUAAAUAUUUUUAGCUAAA